UAUUUUAUUUUUUAAACACAGCUCUGUCUUUUUCAUGUGUGGGUUAAGUUACCCCUGCAUUUCAAAGGUCACAGAGCAUAUUCCUGAGGCUUGUUUUUAGAGGCUGUGCCUGCAUUGGGCAGUGCACACUUUCUUGGAUUGCUGCCAUUUUGUAAUUGAAGUCAGAUCUGUCCUGUGAAAAGACCAGAAGGAGACACCACCUCAUAGAGGCACUGGCAAGUGAGGCCCCUUCAAAGGAAGGCUGUUCAGAAAGGAAGACUCAUGGAUCUCACAUCCACUGUUAUCAUCCCACUGCUCUUUGGCAGCCUGGGGAUCUUCUCCCUUUUCCGGCUGCUGCAGUGGAUGCGGAUGCGCGCUUACCUCCGAGGAGCAGUGGUGGUGGUCACAGGGGCCACCUCUGGCCUGGGAAAAGAAUGUGCAAAGGCCUUCCAUGCAGCUGGCUCCAGGCUUGUGCUCUGUGGCAGAGACAGUGAGAAACUCAAAGACCUGGCACAGGAACUUUCUGCCAUGACUGAUCACCGAAAGAAUAUACACAAACCUCACACUGUGGUGUUUGACCUCUCAGACACUAAAACCAUUCUGAAUGCUGCUGAAGAGAUUCUGAAGUACCUGGGUCAUGUGGACAUACUGAUCAACAAUGCAGGCAUCAGUUACCGAGGCACAAUUGUAGACACUGGUCUGGAUGUGGACAAAAAAGUGAUGGAAACAAAUUAUUUUGGUCCCAUAGCCCUCACCAAAGCACUUCUCCCUUCCAUGAUCAAGAGGAGACAAGGCCAUAUUGUGGCCAUCAGCAGUGUUCAAGGCAAAAUAAGCAUUCCUUUCAGAUCAGCAUAUGCUGCCUCUAAGCAUGCUACCCAGGCCUUCUUUGAUUGCCUGCGAGCAGAGGUUGAGCAGUAUGACAUUGAUGUGACAGUUAUAAGCCCUGGAUACAUUCAAACAAACCUUUCUCUCAAUGCUGUAACAGCAGAUGGAUCUCGCUAUGGAGUUAUGGACAAGAACACCGCUGAAGGCCAGACAGCUGCAGAGGUCGCUCAGGUGGUUCUCUAUGCAGUGGGGCAGAAGAAGAAGGAAGUCCUCGUAGCUGGCCUAAAGCCCUCCCUGGCUGUAUACCUACGAAACCUCUUUCCCAGGCUUUUCUUCAACUUAAUGGCCACUAGAGCAAAAAAGGAGAGAAAAACAAAGGACUCUUAGAGCUCAGCUCAUUUGAGCAGUAACUGUAGGGAGAGAGUAACGUCCUGCAGUUUGGCUGGGACAUGAGUGGAAGUGCUCCUGUGGGAAAAAACCUUUCUCUAAAUGCUGCAACUUACCAUUGCAUGGAGAGUGAGAAGCAGUGUCCCCCACAACAGGGCAGGCCCACAUGCCAGAAUACAGCACCUAAACCUCCCUGAAGAAGGGUGCUUGGAACAAAGUGUGGGAGCUGAGGCUGCAAGGAAGGGUAACUGUAGGUAUGUACACACUUCACAGCAGGAGAAACCCAUGUGCUGAAAGACACUUUACCUCACCUCAGGCACGCUCAGCUUUACUGCCUGCUACAAACAACCCACUUGGUUUGCCUUCAUGACCCCCAUGGCCUCUGUGAAAUACAGUCCCCAGCUGAGAGCUCGCAUGAUCAGUGUCUCCUUCCCACUCCUUCCAAUCUCAUCCAAAACGCAUUGCUUGAAGUGGAAAACUUCUGAGCCUCUGCUUGUUCAUGUGCCAAACCAUCUGAUAUGUUAAGCUAAAGCUAAGUCCAGUGCCAUUUUUAAAAAGUAACUGAUGUAGAAUGCAGGUUUUAUUUGGAAAUGAUGUUAUCUGUCUGAUUCAUGCCUUACUGAGGUGUGGGGCUGUGACACUCUGUGCCACCUGACAACACAGUGUUAACACAACACAGGUUAAUGUAGGAGUAGCAUCAGACAGAUAUAAAAUAACAGGGCAGCUAUUAGCUGAUA